AUGGUGCCACCUCCCCAUUUUGGCUUUGUCCUUUAUCUUAUGUGGGCUUUUAUUCCUGAAUCUUGGCUAAACUCCUCAGGCUUAACCUACUAGCCUCAAAAAUAUUGGGCAGUUGUUCCUGUCCACCUCCUUAACAUGAUGAGUACUUCUCCAGUCAACUCCAUUCAUACAAUCACAGAUAACUAUGCUAAAAAUCAACAGAAGAAUUACCAAGAAGAGGCCAUCGCAGCAUUAAGAAAUACUCCUAUUAGUGAAGUAAAUCAAAUGUUCUUUCUUGCAGCCAAAGAACUUUACACCAAAAACUGA